AUGGACAAUAAGUGCAGAAUAAAAAGGAAAGUCCGGGAGCGCAGGAGGAGAGAGAACAGACGCCGAGACCAGAGUGAGCGAGAGCAGCGAGAGCAGAGGAACUUUGUGCCAGUGUGCGCGGAGAGUAGAGGCAGUUUCGCUUUCCGUCAACCCAAAGACAGCGAUGAAAGAGCUGAUUACUCUGAUUACUCUGGGAUGACUUCUGAAGCCGACACUGUGAAGGAGGCGGAGGACCUGGCGCGGUCCCUGAGCGAUGCCCUGAGCUCUGGAGAUGGGGACGAAGCAGCCAGACUGUGCCUAAGGCUGUGUGAGCUUUCUGUUCCAGUGUCUGUGGCCAUCGACAAGCAGGCCUACCCUCAGGAGUCCAUCAGCCUCAUGUACAGCCUCAUGUACAGCCUCAUGUACAGCCUCAUGUACAGCCUCAUGUACAGCCUCAUGUACAGCCUCAUGUACAGCCUCAUGUACAGCCUCACGUACAGCCUCACGUACAGCCUCACGUACAGUCUCAUGUACAGCCUCAUGUACAGUCUCAUGUACAGCCUCAUGUACAGCCUCAUAUACAGCCUCAUGUACAGUCUCAUGUACAGCCUCAUGUACAGCCUCAUGUACAGCCUCAUGUACAGCUGCAUGUACAGUCUCAUGUACAGUCUCAUGUACAGCCUCAUGUACAGCCUCAUGUACAGCCUCAUGUACAGCCUCAUAUACAGCUGCAUGUACAGCCUCAUGUACAGCCUCAUGUACAGCCUCAUGUACAGCUGCAUGUACAGUCUCAUGUACAGCCUCAUGUACAGCCUCAUGUACAGCCUCAUGUACAGCUGCAUGUACAGUCUCAUGUACAGUCUCAUGUACAGCCUCAUGUACAGCCUCAUGUACAGUCUCAUGUACAGCCUCAUGUACAGCCUCAUGUACAGUCUCAUAUACAGCCUCAUGUACAGCCUCAUGUACAGCCUCAUGUACAGCCUCAUGUACAGCCUCAUGUACAGUCUCAUGUACAGCCUCAUAUACAGCCUCAUGUACAGCCUCACGUACAGCCUCAUGUACAGUCUCAUGUACAGUCUCAUGUACAGCCUCAUGUACAGCCUCAUAUACAGCCUCAUGUACAGCCUCACGUACAGCCUCAUGUACAGUCUCAUGUACAGUCUCAUGUACAGCCUCAUGUACAGCCUCAUGUACAGCCUCAUGUACAGCUGCAUGUACAGCCUCACGUACAGCCUCAUGUACAGUCUCAUGUACAGUCUCAUGUACAGCCUCAUGUACAGCCUCAUGUACAGCCUCAUGUACAGCUGCAUGUACAGCCUCAUGUACCGCCUCAUGUACAGCUGCAUGUACAGUCUCAUGUAUAGUCUCAUAUACAGCCUCAUGUACAGCCUCAUGUACAGCUGCAUGUACAGUCUCAUGUACAGUCUCAUGUACAGCCUCAUGUACAGCCUCAUGUACAGUCUCAUGUACAGCCUCAUGUACAGCCUCAUGUACAGUCUCAUAUACAGCCUCAUGUACAGCCUCAUGUACAGCCUCAUGUACAGCCUCAUGUACAGCCUCAUGUACAGUCUCAUGUACAGCCUCAUAUACAGCCUCAUGUACAGCCUCACGUACAGCCUCAUGUACAGUCUCAUGUACAGUCUCAUGUACAGCCUCAUGUACAGCCUCAUAUACAGCCUCAUGUACAGCCUCACGUACAGCCUCAUGUACAGUCUCAUGUACAGUCUCAUGUACAGCCUCACGUACAGCCUCACGUACAGCCUCAUGUACAGUCUCAUGUACAGUCUCAUGUACAGUCUCAUGUACAGCCUCAUGUACAGCCUCAUGUACAGCCUCAUGUACAGCCUCAUGUACAGUCUCAUGUACAGCCUCACGUACAGUCUCAUGUACAGUCUCAUGUACAGCCUCAUGUACAGCCUCAUGUACAGCCUCAUGUACAGCUGCAUGUACAGCUGCAUGUACAGCCUCAUGUACAGCCUCAUGUACAGCUGCAUGUACAGCCUCAUGUACAGCUGCAUGUACAGCCUCAUGUACAGCUGCAUGUACAGCUGCAUGUACAGUCUCAUGUACAGUCUCAUGUACAGCCUCAUGUACAGCCUCAUGUACAGCCUCAUGUACAGUCUCAUGUACAGUCUCAUGUACAGCCUCAUGUACAGCCUCAUGUACAGCCUCAUGCACAGCUGCAUGUACAGCCUCAUGUACAGCUGCAUGUACAGCCUCAUGUACAGCCUCAUGUACAGCCUCAUGUACAGCCUCAUGUACAGUCUCAUGUACAGCCUCAUGUACAGCUGCAUGUACAGUCUCAUGUACAGCCUCAUGUACAGCCUCAUGUACAGCUGCAUGUACAGCUGCAUGUACAGCCUCAUGUACAGCCUCAUGUACAGUCUCAUGUACAGCUGCAUGUACAGUCUCAUGUACAGUCUCAUGUACAGCCUCAUGUACAGCUGCAUGUACAGCCUCAUGUACAGCCUCAUGUACAGUCUCAUGUACAGCUGCAUGUACAGCCUCAUGUACAGUCUCAUGUACAGCCUCAUGUACAGCCUCAUGUACAGUCUCAUGUACAGCCUCAUGUACAGCCUCAUGUACAGUCUCAUGUACAGCCUCAUGUACAGCCUCAUGUACAGCUGCAUGUACAGCUGCAUGUACAGUCUCAUGUACAGCCUCAUGUACAGCUGCAUGUUCAGGCUCAUAGACUCAAAAAUCUGUAUUGUCGUGAGUCUGAUUGUUCCGGCUGAGUUGAAAGUGGGCGUGGAAGACGGCCAGUCGGACAAAUGCAUCCCAGUGUUACUUGAUGUUUCCCCUCACAUGACUAUUGCACAACUCAAAGAUAAGUUCAGUGCUGACUUUCGCUUCCACACGUCGCUGCAGCGCUGGGUGAUUGGAAAGCGACUCGCCAAGGACCAGGAAACACUGUACAGCCAUGGGAUACGACAGAGCGGGGACCAGGCCUUCCUCUUCAUCCUUUCAGCCGGCGCCGCCCACCUCACCAAGCACCAACACAAACUGCACCAGGAGAAGCAGGUUCUAGAAGGGAUAGUAGAAUCCAUGCACGCCAUGCAGCUUUUGCCCAGAGGAGGGUUCGAGGAAACACGGAAACGAGGACCUCCUGUUCCUCCCAAACCUCCUCAUGCUGCUCGUCCUCUGCCCCCGCCCCCCCAGGAAGGGUGGACCUGCUCACGGUGCACCUUCGUGAACAAACCCACUCGUCCAGGCUGCGAGAUGUGCAGUGAGGCCAGACCAGAGGAGUACACGGUUCCCAACAUGUAUACACCGGACACGGAGGAGGCCGUGAGGAUGGAGCAGGAGGAGCUCGCCAGGCUGCUCUAUGAACAGGCUGAGGAGGACCAAAGGCAGAAAAACUACCUCAACCUGUUGGAAACGGACAGCGUCGAUCUGAUCCCCAACCGAGAGGAGGUGGACUGCCCCAUCUGCUUUACCCCUUUGGCACCUUCAGAGGGCGUCGUUCUCCGAGAAUGUCUGCACACAUUUUGCAGGGAAUGCCUCAUAGGGACCAUCGUGAACAGUCAGGAUGCAGAGGUGGCCUGUGCUGACACCACAUGUGAGAGCAAGCUGUUGGACAGAGAGAUCAAAGCACUUCUCACAGACGCACAACUACAACGCUUUUUGGAGCUGCGCCUCAGUAUCGCAGAGAGCCGCGCUGACCAUAGCUUCCACUGUCAGACGGCCAACUGUCCGGGCUGGUGCAUUUACGAAGACGAAGUCAACGAGUUUCACUGCGACAUCUGUGACGAGACCAACUGCAUCCUCUGCCGGGCAAUCCACGCAGACAUGAAUUGUAAGGACUACCAAGAUGACCUACGGAUUCGAGCAGAUAAUGACCAAGCAGCUCAGAAAACCAAGCAAAUGGUGGAGGACAUGCUGAAAAAUGGGGAGGCCAUGAAGUGUCCCAGGUGUGACAUAAUAGUCCAGAAGAAGGACGGCUGUGACUGGAUCUGCUGUGUGAUGUGCAAAACCGAAAUCUGCUGGGUCACCAAACAGGCACGCUGGGGGCCAAAUGGCCGAGGUGACACGUCAGGAGGUUGUGGAUGUCGGCUGGAUCAGAGGCCGUGUCACCCCAACUGUCAGAACUGCCACUGA